UGCCUGAUUUGAGCAAGACACUGAAGUUAAUACCACUACUCAUUGCAAAAGAGUCAUGGGAUCUUUAAUGACCACUGGGGUCAAGACCUUGUUUUUCCCUCCAGACUCUAUUCCUUGUCUCCAGCGUUUCCUCCGUGGAGAAGGAAAGGGAUCAUGUGGCAUACAAUGUUGAUCUGUUUUUUAAGUAACUGAUCAAAAUAUAGGAGUAAGAAAUUAGAGACUAUUUUAAAAAUAAAGUUUUCUGAAAUUUAUUUCAUUUGCAUCACUAUCUUGUCUCCACGAGGGGGCCCCAGAGAUCUCCAGAAAGGCUUCAGCGUCGCUUCUUUGUCCUUUAAAUUCUUUGAAAUAAGGUUCUACACAUAAAAAGGUCCACAGAUCUUCUGAGGGAGUGCUAGAUGGUAAUGCUAACCUCAGCGCUAUGCAUCCCAGGCUGGUGAUGUAACUGCACGAGAGAACUUUGGGCAAACUUCACCAUGGGCGCAAACACCUCCAGCAAGCCACCAGUCUUUGAUGAAAAUGAAGAGGAUCCUACUGGGUCCUUGUAUAUUCUGGGAUGUUACACCAGAGGAGGAGUCUGCCACAAGGAGACGGAGUCAUUCUCCCAUUCCACCCACUAGCCUUGAAGCACAGUCCUCAGUAUUGUUGAUCCUGCUGGUGAUGAUCAGGCCUUUGCUUCCAAUCAGUCGGAGGCUCCACAGGAUUCUUUGCAGCACUGAGGAGAGGUGGCCCCAGACAGAAGUGCUAGAAGAUGAGGGUUCCAAUCUCCAACCAGACACAACUGGCCAAGGGACAGGUGGUACCCUCCCUCCAUUAGUGGAUCCAUCUUAUUGUCAAUAUUGGGGAUCAUGGGACCCCUACCCCAGACACCCAGGCUCAAUGCACAAAUCCUGCUUGCCAUUGCCUGGCCAUAUGCAACCAUGGAGUAUUUGGAGGAGGAAGAAGGAUCUGACAGUUCCGAUGGUUCCAGGAUCAAUCCCAUCAUUAUUACUGGAUGAGGCAGCUUCUCCAUCUCUGCUGGAUGACUUUAAACAAUACUAAGAGUUCAUGCACAGGGUAAUGGCAGAGCUACAAAUCCUGCUGGAGGAAACUCAGGGUCCUCAGCACAGCUUACUAGACAUUCUGCAGCCCUCCCGUCCCACAGUGUCCUUCCCCAUCAACAAGGUCAUCAUGGAUCUAGCAAAGGCGGUCUGGCACAACCCUGCUUCUUGUGCUCCCACUCCUCAGAGGGCUAAGAAGUGCUACUUUGUCUCAUCCCAGGGGGAAGAGUUCUUGUUUUCUCACCCUCUGUCAAACUCCCUGGUGGUGCAGGGGCUACAAAGCGGCCCAAGCAAGAGCACUCAAAGGCUACUUCCUCUGAUAAGGGAUACAAGAGAUUCAGCCUUCUAGGAAAAAAGGUCUUCUCUUCCACCUUCCUCCAGUUCAGGCUCUUUAAUUAUCAGGCUGUCAAUAACCUCAAUUUUCAAUGGGAUAGAUAAGUUCAACCAUGAACAAGACACCUAGAGUGAAAUGAGACUCUGAGAUCUACAAAACAGCCCCUGUUCUGUAAUUGCUGAUCACCCAAACUUACUGGAUAAGCAAAGACCAUUCAUGCCUUCUGACUGCACACACCAGCUAUGACUUCACUUGCCUUUCCCAACUACCAAAUGGCUUAUAAUGCCCACCCUGAGGGUGGCAUUUGAAGAGUGACCCUUCCCUUGGGAGCCAGUGGUUUUGAGAAGUUCCAGGAGAAUCCCCUGGUGAUUUGAGGUGACCUUCGACCACUUUGAAAUUUUGCGAGCCAUUGGGAAAGGCAGCUUUGGAAAGGUCUGCAUUGUACAGAAGAAUGACACCAAGAAAAUGUACGCCAUGAAAUACAUGAACAAACAGAAGUGUGUGGAGCGUAAUGAAGUGAGAAAUGUGUUCAAAGAGCUGCAGAUUAUGCAGGGCCUGGAACACCCCUUCUUGGUUAAUUUGUGGUACUCAUUCCAAGAUGAGGAGGACAUGUUCAUGGUGGUGGAUCUUCUUCUUGGAGGGGAUCUGCGUUAUCAUCUACAGCAAAAUGUCCGAUUUCAAGAAGGCACUGUGAAACUCUUCAUCUGUGAACUGGCAUUGGCACUAGACUAUCUCCAGGGUAGACACAUCAUCCACAGGGACAUGAAGCCUGACAACAUCUUACUGGAUGAUCAUGGACAUGUGCACAUCACAGAUUUCAACAUUGCCACGAUACUGACUAAAGGGAUGCAGGUCACCACUAUCGCUGGCACAAAGCCAUAUAUGGCGCCUGAGAUGUUUAACUCAACAAAAUCUACUGGCUAUUCCUUUGCUGUUGACUGGUGGUCUUUAGGAAUUACUGCCUAUGAGCUACUUAGAGGCCGGAGGCCCUAUCACAUUCGCUCCAACACAUCGACAAACGAAAUUGCUCACGUGUUCAGGACAGCUACUGUAAUGUAUCCUGCUGCUUGGUCUAAAGAAAUGAUGUCGCUACUCAAAAAGUUGCUUGAGCCAAAUCCCGAGGCACGGUUUUCUCAGUUGAAAGAUAUCCAGGACUUUUCGUAUCUCGCUGAUAUUAACUGGGAUGCAGUCCUACAGAAGAGGAUAAUGCCAGGAUUCAUUCCCACUAAAGGUAGACUGAAUUGUGACCCAACCUUCGAACUUGAAGAAAUGAUCCUGGAGUCCAAACCUCUUCAUAAAAAAAAGAAGCGCUUAGCUAAGAAGGAGAAAGACACCAACAAAAGCUGUUCUUCACAGGGCUGCCGUCUUCAGAAGCACCUGGAGUCACUGCAAAGGGACUUCAUUGUUUUCAACAGAGAAAAGAUGAGGAGACACCACAAUGAAAUCCAAGAGAAUAUAACACUGACACAAACCAAAGACCCGGAAGAAGAAGACAACCAGAACAACAACCUUUGAGCUCACUUAGCCUCUGCCCUCGUGUGUUUUCUCAAGGGUUCACUGCACACCUACACAUGUUCAUGGAGCUUGGUGAAUAGAAUUACCCACUGAUAAAAGGACAAUGCCCAUACCCCAGCACAGGGCGUCUAAGCCAGAAAUGUGUGCACCUUUCUUUUCCUCCUUCCACCUUAAGUCAGGUGGAUACAGGGGGCCAGGGAGAGGUCUUAGUCCUGCCCCUGCAAAUAUCCUGCCAAAAUAAACAAGAGUCAGAUCCUCCUCCUCUGCCGGAGAUGGUUACAGGAAUUUGACCACAAGAAGAUGUGGUCUCUUUUUCAGAAGAGACCCUGAGUGCAGGAAGGAGGAGCUUAUCCUUGUGGGGCAGGAUGCCUGCUGGCACAACAUUUGGGUAUUGAGUGCCUAGUGUAAAUCUGGGCUAGGGAUCAGUUGAUUGCCAGUGGGAAGCAACAGAAGGGUAUUUAAUGCAUAAUUAGGUCUGUCACAUAGAAUCAAUAUUAGAGAUGAGCCAGCAGCAGAAUCACAGACCCAAACUCUUUGGAAGUUUGGAUUUUGACAUGAGCCUCAUAGCUUAGACUCAUCUCUAAUUGUUAGAGACAGAAGGGGCUGCUCUCAACUGCCGGGCUUGUAUUUAAUCUGCAGUGUACAGAAGACAGGACCUUUGCUUCCAACAGGGUCUCUUUCUAAUAUUUCUUUAGUCUGUGGUAGGGAAAUGAUUUAGUUCCUCAAUAUGGGGAAAAGGCAAUAAUGGUUUCUUAUGUUUCUGUUUUGUUGUCUCUGAUGAAAUUCCCUAGCUUCCCUGACUUUAUGCUAUUGGGCAGGGCUGGCUCAGCAAUGGCUAAGAACAUAUGAACAAUGGGGACUAGGACGGAACCUACUAAUUUGUGUCAGAAAAGGAAGAGGUAGUAGUUCUCUAUUGCUGGAUAACACGCUAGGGUGGAUGCUUCACUAGCAUAUAAAGUUCACCACUGGCAUAAGCAGAUGCAACUCCAUUGAAUCCAAUGGGAUUGUGGCCCCCUUUGGUCCCCUUACACCAGAGAUAAAUUUGGUUAUGCAUCUUUAGGUGUGAUAGAACAUCAACUUUGUAGUCUUGAUUUCCCUUUCGCUAAGGUGUUAGACGAGAACAUUAUGGACCAAAUUCAACCCUGGCCUAAGCAGCCACAAUACCCAAUGGUAACUGCACCAUCUUACACCAAGGCUGAAAUUGGCCAAAGCAUCUGGUUUAUAGUCAUGCUGUGAUUGACACUAUCUUUUUAAAGCAUUAGGGCCCUGACUUUUCACCUUCUUGUUUUGCUUGUCUUACUCUCACUGUGUGUUAAACUGUCUCCCAUCUGCCCAAAGCCGUUCUUUGUAUCCCCCUGCGACUUCCUUUCUCUCCCUGUCCGAAUCUGAUCAAGUAAAAGUCUGAAUAAAAACAAGCUAUGAGACUUCUUCCCAGACA